AUGGACUUCAGAGGUGGCCCUGAGAGCAGCCACCUGUCGGCGUUGCGAGAGCAGGUUCAGCACCUCACCAAUGAAAAUGUUCAGCUCCAAGACAGGAACGAGAGGCUGUAUGGGAACCUUGGGGAACUGCAGGAGAAGCUGGGGCAGCUGGCUGGCUCGAAGGCUGACUUGUCAUCCAGACUGAUUCACAGCGAGGAGGAGAAGCUCAAGAUUUCCAAGGACUUCGUUGAUUUCCAGAUUGAAAGCAAUAAAAUGAGAGAACAGCAUGAAGCAGAAACCUUUGAACUGAAGAAUCUGAAUCUUGCCCUGGAAAACCGUAUUCUGGAGGUUGGGCUUCAUGAUGAGAAGAUCACUGGAGAAAGGGAUGCCUUGCAGGAGCGCCUCCGUGCCCUCGAGGCCAACCGCAAGGAGUUAGCAGAUGAAUACCUCAUUUUGAAGAGCAAUUAUCUUGCACUGGCCAAGGAGCACGAACAAGAAGUUGCUAAGAAUGAAGAGCUGAGCCUAGAGCUGCUCAACCUGGCCAAGGCUGUGAGUUCUCUCCCCCGUGCCAGAGACGACGGCCCCCCGUCCGGAGCCGACGAGCCCCUGGCUGAGCUGGAGCGGGUGCGCGCCUUGGUCCAUCGCCUUUCUGCCCGCAAAGUGAAGCCAGAAGAUGUGAUAGCAUCAGAACACGAACGGCGAAAGCUGGAGAGAACUCUAUUUGGAAACCAAGAUCACAUCACCAUGGAGAUCGAAAAGAUGAAAGACAUGUACAGCUCCCAGCAACGGAAACUAGAGGAGAGAAUGGUGACCAUGGGGAAGGAGCUGCAAGAGGCCAAAAAGGCGAUUCGGACCACGCAGCACAAGCUGGCGGAACAGUCGGCGGCACUGCUUUCCUCUCAGAACCAGCUCCAAGAAGUGGAAGCUGAGAAUUCCCGGCUGCAGCUACAACUGAAGGAGUUAAACGAGGAGUACCGCUCUCGGCUCAUUCAGUACAUUACGGACCUGGCGGAAUACACCGACAGCAAGACAGCUGCCAACACCAAGGGGACCUGCAAAGCACCUCCGGAGCCUGCGCACAUGAAGCACUUCGUGGACAGCCUGCUGAAGGACAUCCGGGCUUCCCACAGGUCUCGGGAGGAGCAGCUGGCCGGAGCUGCUCGGGGCUACAAGAAACGCCUGCAGAAGCUGGUCAAGAAGCACGAGGGCCUGCUGAUCGCAUACAGGAUGCAGCGUGAACAGAUCCGGUCACUGGGCAGUAGCGACAUGGACCCGGGCCCGGCAGAGCACAUUUUCAGCAUCACAGACACCGAGCUGCUGACAAGCACCUCUCAGGAGCUGAACCGCCUGCGAGAAGACAAAGCCAGCCUGGAGGGGCAGCUUCACGAGCUGCAGAUGAAGGUAAAGCUAAGUGAAAACAAGGGCUCCGGAACAUCUCCUCCCCAUGUGCUGGAUGAGGCAGGUUGGGCCGAACUUAGGAAGCAGCUCCGGGAGUUCACUCAUACCACUCAGGAGGAGCUGGAACGGGAGCGGAGCCAGCUGCUGACGCGGGCAAUGGUGGCAGAAGAGCAGGUGGCCGAGCUGCAGGAGUACAUAGACAAGCAUCUUGUGAGGUACAAGCAGGAGAUCCUGAGGCUGAGGAAACUUCAUGGAACAGAUGGCCCUUGCACAUUUAGUGCUCGAACUGCCGAUGGCCCAGUGAUCGCCAAACCCAAGAGGAAUUUCAGCAAUGAAACAUAAUCUCUGUAUCAAAAGCUUUAGAAGGAAUUUGUCACAUCCUCGAGUGGACUGGCAUCUUGGCCUGAACAGCAACUGGACUGCAACAUCUGGUGUACUUCUGUCCCUCUAGAGAGGAUGUGAGAA